GCAUUUAUACCCUGCUAUUGAGCUCAUCUAUUGGUUCAUUUCAACGCCAAAGAUCUAAAAUUUAAGCCACAACCCUUCUUCUUUGUUGGGUCAUUAAGCUUUUUGUAUCUGGAAAAACUUUUUUAUAUUUGCAUAGAGAGAGAGAGAGAGAGAGAGGAAGAAACAAAGGGCAAAGACAAUGGAAGUGGCUCAGAUGCAAAGAAGUUUGGUGGACUACACAAAGACCUUGUUUAUGGAGGGUUUCUUGGAUGCUCAGUUUUUACAGCUUCAACAGCUUCAAGAUGAGAGCAACCCUGACUUUGUCGUUGAAGUUGUCUCUCUUUUCUUUGAUGAUUCUGAGAAACUUCUCAAUGAUCUCUCCAUGGCUUUAGAUCAGCCAAAUGUUGAUUUCAAAAAAGUUGAUGCUCAUGUUCAUCAAUUGAAGGGCAGUAGUUCCAGCAUUGGUGCACAGAAAGUAAAAGAUGCCUGCAUUGCAUUUCGCAACUUCUGCGAGGAGCAGAACAUCGAUGCGACCCUGAGAUGCCUUCAACAAGUGAAACAUGAGUAUUACCUUGUGAAGAACAAGCUUGAAACUUUUCUCGGGCUAGAGCAACAAAUCGUGGCGGCCGGUGGGUCGAUUCCGAUGAUUGAAAUGGGUUUUUGAAGACCAUAAACAUGAAGGGAAAGCAUGACUCCGGGGCGGUUUAUACAGUAGAAACAUUUGGUGUUUUUGUGAUUGCACUUCAGUUCUAUAAUUAUAAGGUUCCCUUUUUUAUUUGAACUUACCAAGUGAGCUUGUGGUUGUUUGAUGUUUGAUGAAAGAAUGAGAAUGUUUCUUACUAGUUUCUCAUCCCUAACCUUGGAAACUACCUUUCUGUUGAUAAUUUCCUCUUGAACUCUAUACUGUUUAUUC